CGAUGGCGCUAAUCAAUCCCUCCACCACACACAUCUACCCACAGCCGCCGCCUCCACAGCCAAUCCAUCCAACCUCUUCUUCCUCCUCCGGCUGCUCUCCCCCUUCAUUCCUCCAAACCCUAGCGCAAACCCUAAUGUCCACCACCGCACACCCUCCUGCCUCCCUCUCAGGGGACUCCUCGCCGACUACCUCCGGCUCAUCCUCCCCCUCCUCCUCCGCCGCCGUCGCUGGCUCCGAGGAGCCCGCGCUUCUCGGGCAAGCCACCUCGACUUCCACCCCCUCUGCUGCCGGGGAUGACGCCGCCGUCCCCUCCUCGCCCCAAAUGGGCAUGUACUUCGAGACGGAGGACGACGCCUACGAGUUCUACAAGGCAUACGCCGCCCGCCUUGGCUUCGUCGUCCGCAAGUCCAACAAGUCCAAGAACUCCCGGCACACCGUCACCCGCCGUCUCUUCGUCUGCUCCAAGCAAGGUUUCCGCCAAGAACCCAAGAAGCCUCAAGAUGAGACCAACGCCACCGACGUCACCGUUGCUGCAUCGCCACCGCCUCCUAGGUGCCCGGACUCACGCACCGGCUGCUUGGCGUCCCUCACCAUCAAGCUACUCCCUUCGGCCAAUGCCUUCCGUGUCACUGAAUUUGUCGCCGAGCACAACCACCCGCUCGCCUCUGCAGUGUCCGCGGUGGCAAUGAUUCCGUCAAGUUCUUCGCAUCACACCAUUGCCGCCGCAAGCUUGCCGGACCCAAGGGACGGGCCACGCCCAGAGAUGCACUUCGAGACGGAAGAUGACGCCUAUGCCUUCUACAACCGGUACGCCGAGCAUGUGGGUUUCAGCGUCCGCCGCUCAUACAAGAAGCGCAAGCAUGGGGUGAUCGUGUCUCGUAUCUUUGUUUGUUCCCGUGAGGGCGUCAGUGACCGUGCCAAGCAUGAUGGCCUAGCCAGUAUCAGCGCCAAUGCUGGUGGAGGGGCACCAGGCCCACCUAGGCCAGGCCCACCACCAACACGAACAGGUUGCCAGGCAAGAAUGGUGAUCAAGAUCACCCCAUGCCGAACAUACCGGGUUGCUAAAUUUAUUGCGGAGCAUAAUCACCCACUCGCUAACUCAGAGACCGUGCACAAGCUGCGGUCCCAUAAGAUGAGGGCUCGAGGGCAUGAGCUUGGCCCAGGGGAACUGCAUCGAAGGAAGCAGGGAAAGGGUGUGCAGCUUGGGGAUGCUGGUGCUGCAUUGGAAUACUUGGAAGGGUUGCAGGUGGGAAACCCUUCACUGUAUUAUGCAGUAGGAAUGGCACCUGAUGGGAAUUUAGCUGUGAAUUUCUUCUGGGCUGAUGCAAAGUCAAUCAUCGACUUCAGAAGCUUUGGUGAUGUCGUUUGCUUUGACACAACAUAUGGGCUGAAUGUGUAUGGGCGACCAUUUGCAUUGUUUGUUGGUGUGGACAACCACAAGCAGUUACUCGUGCUUGGUGCAGCCUUGCUCUAUGAUGAUGGCAUCCAGUCACUGAAAUGGGUAUUUCAGGCGUUUGAUGAUGCCAUGCGUGAUAGGCAGCCAAAGACUAUUCUGAUUGAUGAGCGUUCUGAAUGUGCCAUUGCAGCAGCAGAGGUCUGGCCUGGGAGUAACCAUUGCACAAGCGUGUGGCAUAUAUACCACAGUUCAAAGAGGCACUUGAAGCAGGUGUUUGAAAGCUCGAAAAGUUUUGGCAAUGCUUUGAGCCAGUGUCUCUUUGACUGUGAGGAUGAGAUGGAGUUCUUGUCUGCAUGGGAAAAGCUAAUUGAGAAACAUGACAUUGGUGAGAGUGAAUGGCUCAGCAGACUAUUUCUAGAGAAAGAAAAAUGGGCUCUGCCUUAUAGGAGAACUGUGUUUUCUGCUGAUAUUCUCAGUACUCUUAGAAAGGAUAGUAUGAUUAAUGAGCUAAAACGGGAGCUCAAUGAGCAAGAAGAUAUUCUGCUGUUCUUCAAGCGUUACGAGACCAUGCUGGAAGAGCAUCGCUCAAAGAAAUUGCAGGCUGAUGUUGAUGGAAAUCAGGUGACUUUGCCAAUCCCGUCCUUGCGAAUGUUAAAACAAUCUUCAAAUGCAUAUACACCUGAAGCUUUCAAGAUGUUCCAGGGUGAGUUUGAGGCUUACAUGAACUGCAUGUCCUUCCCCUGCAGUGCGGUUGGGACAGUGUCAGAGUACAAAAUAACACUUGAUGAGAAGCCAUCAGACGCCAUUGUGAAAUUUGAUGCACUAGAUGGCUUGGCCACUUGCAGCUGCAGGAAGUUUGAAUCUGUUGGAAUCCAGUGUUGUCAUGUACUAAAGGUACUUGAUCUCAAGAAUAUCAAGGAGCUCCCAGAACAAUACAUUUUGAAGAGAUGGAGGAAAGAUGCCCGCUCUGUUAGAAUGGGAGAAGAACCUAACUGUGGAUCUAGCAGUAUCAUGCGGUCAUCUUUGGAUGUUCGCUUCUCUAACAUGUGCCGUAUGGUUAGCCUUAUAGCUUCAAGGGCCGCCAAAUCUGAGGAGGCAAUGUCAUACAUUGAGAGUCAAUCAAGCGUUCUUCUGAAGCAUCUGGAUGAAAUUCUACAGACAAGCUAUCCUGAGAAUGGAAACCAUGAUGUUGCUUCAAGUAGUCAAGCAAUUUCUUUUGUAGGAAAUCAUCCUGACCAUACAACACAAGCAAGAGCAGUUGCAGAUACAGCGAAUGGUAUAAUGUUUUAACAUUCCAACUCAUUAUAGUUUAGCAUGUUAAUGGAGGGGGCAGAUUGUAGGUUGCGAGACUCCUAAAUUGGACUGGUGGAUGCUUGGCGGGCAGGCAUCAAAACUAUGUUGAAUUUUAACUCAGUCUCUUGUCCUCUGUGUUGUUACCAACGUGUUUCAAGUCUCUAUUUUCUAGUCAUGUGAGGACUUCCCUGAUACACCAACAUGGGGAGAAGACCACCACAGCCGGCGGACAGGCUAGGGGCAGUGAGGCUAAGGGCUGGCGUCCUGGCUAUGCCCUGCCCAUUAUGUUAGGAGAUACGAGAUUGUGUUAGUUUAAGGUAAAUGAGAUUGUGUUAGUUUAAAGUAAGUUUGGAUUUGAUCUCUAGAUAAAUCUGUCAGGAAACCCCUCUGUAUAUGAGGAUGCUUUUGUCAAUGAAGAACGGGCAACAAGUAUCUCCAAUCCCUUAUCUCUUUUCUCAGUGCAACCCUUUUGCGCGUCCCCCUCCAGACCGUGGGCUGAUGUGUAAUUACCAGUUGUAGAAUGGCAGAGGCAAAUAGAGCUCUUGCACAUUUUCGUUAAUCCAUGAACAGAAUCUAUGUAUGUAGACACAUGGAUCCGUACGUCUCGAUCGGAAAAGAAUCAAUAGAAGGAGAAUCGGACGAUAUCUUUCUCGAAACAAACAAAAAGGAAAAGAAAGAGAAAACAGAAAUCAUGAUCAAUGCUGUCUAGGGCAUGACAGUAUAUGAGACGAAAGCAGAAAACAUGCUGAUGCUUAUUGCCUAAUGCCUGCAACCACCCACUCGCCAUGCUAAAGUUUGUGUGUGCCCAGUCAGAUGUUUGACAUGCAGAUUAAUGCUAUUUACCGAGAAGCUUUUCUUUGUUGUUGCACAUAGCCGCCACAUAUUCUAUAACAAGAAACUGGAAGCUCUGUUAAUUCUGCAGCUUCUGUGGUUUGUAUAACAUGAUAUUGCCGAGAUUGGGGACUGACAUCCUUGUUGGGAAUUUCUGCUUAUCCUCCAGUGGACAAUUGAAAGGUUCAGUCGGUUCCUUGUAGUUUUAGCCAAAUCUAUGUUGAAGUAUGGCUAUGUACAGUACUUAUAUGUUGCCAUGUUGAUGUAAGCAAGUAUAUCCUGAAGACCUUGCUGUUUCCAAUUUGGUAAGACUGGUGCUAAUUAUAAUCAAUUAUUAUAAGAGUAUGAUUGACUUCAUUGCAUUUAUUCCAUGAAAUGUGAUGAUUGGUUGAUCAAUGAUCUCUAUCUAAUAAACAAGGACUGGUGUCUUUUGAAGACAGUUGGAGAAGAGCUGCUAAAUUGCUCGUGCUAUAUUUAUUCUCCCAUGUGCAAUUU